UCAGAUCCACAAUACCGGCCACCCCUCAUUUUUUCGCUUAUUUGCUGCUCUACUCCACACUUCGCCUCUCUUAGCUCAAAUCUUGUCUCCUCUCGGUAGAUGGAGGGAACGAUGACGGAGAGGAUACAGGUUAAUGGGUUGCCAGCAGAGGCAAGCUUCACCGCCGGAGGGGACCUGCGGUGGCGAGUUGAUGGAGGCGCCGGUCGAGGGGAGCAGAGUUUGGCAGUGGAGUCGUCAGUGCUGGGAUUCACGGCGGAGGGAAGGGAGAUUACGGUUAGGGCAUUCGUGAGCCAGCUCAAGGGUCCGUUUUGCGGAGUUGGGAACCUUGGGAAUAGGGUGAUGAAGAACUUCGUUCUGGAGAUGCCAACGGAGGUGGUGGCUAAGAUGUGGAGCGAGCGGCUCAGAAAGUAUAUCGAUUCGCUAGGUCGACCUAAGAGGAUUUUUAUUUUUCUGAACCCAUAUGGUGGAAAGAAAUCUGCACGAAAGAUCUUCCACACCGAGAUCAGGCCCCUACUUUUAGCCGCUAAUAUCAUUUACACUUUGCAAGAGACUGAGUAUCAGCUUCAUGCCCAAGAACUAGCUUAUAAAUUGGAUUUCCUGAACUACGACGGAAUUGUUUGUGUCAGUGGAGAUGGUGUUCUUGUGGAGGUGGUAAAUGGUUUGCUUCAAAGAGAAGACUGGGAUACUGCAAUCAAGGUACCUCUUGGGAUCAUUCCCGCAGGGACUGGAAAUGGACUGGCAAAAUCAAUUUUGGAUGCAGCUGGGGAAAAUUAUUCAAUACAGAAUGCUACUUUUGCUGUUAUAAGAGGACACAAAAGAGCUCUAGAUGUUACGACAGUUUUGCAAGGAAAUACAAAGUUUUUUAGCAUCUUAAUGCUUUCAUGGGGAUUAAUAGCUGAUAUUGAUAUCGAGUCUGAGAAGUAUAGAUGGAUGGGAGACACUCGUCUGGAUUUCUACUGCAUUCUGAGAGUAAUGAAGUUGCGUAAAUACCAUGGUAAUAUUGAGUAUAUACCCGCUCCUGGACAUGAAUCCUUUGGUAAACCAAAGAACGAAAGAGAAGCCAUUGCUGGUAAUAUUGAGAUAUCUAAACAAGGACGGGAUGGAGAUGUAGACGUCUUGCAUGGCUACCAGGGCCCUAAUUGUUGUUUUGAUGAUUCAGUUUGGAGGUUCCUGGAAGGCCCCUUUAUAUCAAUUAUGCUGGUCAAUGUGCCCUGGGUUGGUAAAGACGCAAUGCCAGCUCCUGAAGCGAAGUUUUCUGAUGGCUUUCUAGACUUAGUCUUGAUCAAGGAUUGCCCCAAAUCUGCUCUUGCUUCAAUAUUGUUGAAGACAGGAAAUGGAAGCCAUGUAAAAUCACCAUAUGUGAUGUAUCUCAAGGUGAAAGCAUUUAGGCUGGUUCCAGGCAACCGUGUGGGGGAUUCUGCAAAGGGUGGUAUCGUCGACGUUGAUGGUGAAGUUGUAGCAAGGGGAGAGGGAGUUUACAUGUGCGGCCAAGAAAGGGAUCCAAUGUCUUACGGACCUCCGAUCUUACUAACGGUCGAUAAGGGUCUGGCAACGGUCUUCUCUUCAAGAUGAUCGGAGAAGAAGGAUGGUGGCGUGCUAGCAUUUGUGGAGGAAGGUGAAAAGGUGAUUGAGUUAGUGUGAGGAUUAGUAGUGAAUCUCUCUCUCUCUCUCUAUGUAUAUAGGAUAUUUGUGAGUUUGAUAUAUAUAUGGUGAUUGAGCUUGUACGUGUGAGAGUUCUGUAGAGAGAGAAUCUCUCUCUCUCUCUCUCUCUCUAUAUAUAUAUAUAUAUAUUUCAAUAUUAAUCCCAAGAUCUCUGUAAAUAUCAAUAUCAAUAGAAAUAAAUAUGAUGAUGAUAGUGUUACGUGAUGUUUAAGGGGAUUAUGAUGUGUUUCGUAUAAGGUUUGGGAAUGGAGUUUGAUCUGUAUAAGAUGUUUUGUGUGUUUAGGGGUUUGUUUUAUGGAUCUUGUUUGAUGUUUAAAUGAUAUAUUUAGU